AGAGCACGGGCCGAGGGGGCCACCCCGGGGGCGCGGCGCCGCUCGGGGCGCGGCGAUGGCGUGGCUCGACGGGGGCGCGGCCGCGGAGGUCGAGGGCUUCGCGCACCGCUGGGGCCUGCCCGCGCGGGAGACGUCCGAGCUGCUGGGCGGCCUGGCGCCGGAGGUGCGGGCCAGGAUCCUCAGGGACUUCAACGGGGGUGGCACCAAGGACGGCAAUGUCUUCGGCCGCUUGCAGGCCUUCGCUGCCUCCCUGCAGCACAAGUGGGGCGACGCACCGUCGGAGGCCCGCGCGGGCCCACCGAGGCAGCCGCAGCCGGCGCCGUGGAGGCAGCCGCCGCCGCAGCGCUGGGCCGCGCAGCCCGCCCCGGGCGUGGAGCAGGCGGACCCCUACGAGUGGUCGCGGAUCAUCGGCCUCGGGGAGGAGGAGGCAGGCCUCGUGGCGGAGCUGCCGCGGGACGUGGCCGAGGCGGUCGUCCGGCAGUUCGACCCGUCGACGUCCAGGGACGGCAACGUCUUCGGCAGGCUCGUCGGCUUCGCGCGCUCCGUCUGGGCUCAGCGGCUGGGCCUGAACGCCGCCCAGAAGCAGGAGGCCGUGCAGACCAUGCGCAGCCUGGGUGAAGCGGUCCAGGCACGGGUGAUGGCGAGGUUCGACGUGUCUGGCACGAAGGACGGGAACGUCAUAGCCCGCCUGCAGAGCUUCGCGCGCUCGGUGGCCUUGCGGCACGACGGCGCGGCGCCGCGCGGGCAGCCAGGGGCAGCCUGGCGCGCGGCCCUGGGGCCGCCGGCGGAGCGCCCGCCGGCGCCCGCCGCCGCGCCGUGGGCGGACAGCGGUGUCGCCCUCGGGGCCCGGGCGCGGUGCCUCCCACGCGUGGGCGGCAGGCAGAUUCGCGCCCAGGGUCUCGCGGGCCGGCUGGCGCACUUCGCGGACCGCCUCGGCUUGGACCAGGGCUGCCGGUCCUUCCUGCAGGGGCUGCGGGAGUUUUCCUUGCGGCGGCGCGCUGGCACUCCGCAGCCAGGCCGCGGGGGCGCCAUGCUCGCCGGCGCCGCGCUGCUACCCACCAGCGGCGCGGACCGGAGCGCCCAGGAGAGCGGCGCCCUCCUCGCCGAGCGCGCGGUGCGCCCGCGGCCUCCCCGCGUGCGCGGGGCGCCCGCCGCCCUCGCGGGCCUCUGCGCGGCGGCGGCGGGCGCGUGCCUGGCGGCCGCCGGCCGUGCAGGCGGCGGCGAGACCGCGCUGCGCGCGGCCGCGCCGACCAGGCGCAUGGGGGACGGCAUCUCCCAGGUCAUCUACAUCGUGAGGCACGGCGACAAGUACAGCAGCUACCCCCGCUGCAAGCCGGGCGAAGACCCCAUGAACGGCUCCAUGUGUUUCGACGACGAGGCGAUGGGCGACAACCCCCCGCUGACGGAGUGCGGGGUGAUCGGCAGGCGAACCACACGGCAGGCUGGAUCAUGGAUCAGGCUGCAGAGCGCGGCAUCCAGCACAUUGUCGCCUCUCCCUUCACGCGCACCCUAA